GGGCUAUGGAGUGAUGGAGGCGGGCGGCCGCCAUGUUCCCUCCCCCUGUGCCGUCUGUGGUCGCAGUGCGGAGUUCCCUUCCGGGCCGCAGCAUCCUCCGGCGGCAUGUCUGACCGAGAUCUCUCCGCUGCGGUGUCUUCGGAGGCGGCUGGCGGGAUCCAGGGGAGGCCGAAGCUGCGGCGAUGUAUCCCGGCCGGGCUGACGGUGGAGCCGGUGCUGUUCCUGUCCAUGUUCGCUAUGGCACUGCAGGGGCCGCUGGUUACUCAGUAUAUAUGGGACCGGGUCAGCGCCGACCUGGGCUUCAAUGGCACCAAACAGCAGGGCUGCGGCCACCUGAACGGAACCACCGAUCCCCUGCAACAGGAAGUGGAGACCCUUACUUCUCAUUGGAGCCUUUACAUUAACUUGGGUGGAUUCGUGGUUGGGAUCUUUUCUGUGAUGCUGCUUGGCCCUUGGAGUGACAGUGUGGGACGGCGUCCUGUUCUCAUCCUUCCAGGCUUUGGCCUGGCCCUGCAAGCAGCUAUCUACCUUGUAGUCAUGUACCAGAAGCUUCAUGUGGGCUAUUUCUUGCUCGGGCGCAUAAUCAGUGGUAUCUCUGGUGACUUCAAUAUGAUCCUCGCAGGUUGUUUUGCAUACAUUGCAGAUGUCAGCAACCGGCAGUCACGGACCUUCCGUGUUGCCAUCCUUGAGGCAUGUCUAGGCAUUGCCGGAAUGGUAGCUAGCAUUAUUGGAGGACAGUGGCGCGAAGCCCAGGGUUACAUCAAUCCAUUUUGGCUGGUUUUUGCUGUGAAUCUUGUCACUGCUCUAUAUGUAUACCUCUGUGUCGGGGAGUCUGUUAAGGAAAAGAAGCCAUCAAGACUUUUUACUCUGCGGCACUACCAGUCAGUAUUCCGUCUUUUCACAGUGGCAGGUGAAAACAAGCGACGUGGAAAGUUGUGCCUGUACUUACUGGCUUUCCUACUAGUGGUAACCGUGCACAUGGGUGCCAAGGACCUGUUUGUGAUUUAUGAGCUCAGUUCUCCCCUCUGCUGGCACUCUGACCUGAUUGGAUAUGGCUCGGCGGCAGAGCACCUCACUUACCUUAGCAGUCUUGCCGGGCUGCGACUCUUCCAGUUGUGUCUGGCAGAUAGCUGGGUAGCAGAAAUGGGGUUCCUCUCCAAUAUUGCCGGGCUGGUUGUUAUUUCAUUGGCUGCAACCACUCCAAUGAUGUUUACAGGGUAUGGGUUAAGGUUCUUUGCAAUGGCCACUACACCAAUAAUUCGGUCUAAGCUGUCUAAAUUGGUGGACGAAGGCGAUCAAGGUGCAAUAUUUUCCUCUGUGGCAUGUGUGGAAGGCCUGUCCUAUUUGCUGGCAACUGGGAUAUUUAACUCUCUGUAUCCAGCAACGCUUCACUUUAUGAAGGGUUUCCCCUUCCUGCUUGGUGGUCUUUUACUGCUGAUCCCAGCUGGAAUCAUUGGGAUAAUUGAAGUAUGCGACCAGAAACCAAUGUACAGUCAAUUCUCAGAGAUAUCGUGAGUCUAAAUCAAGGAAAAGAAUAUGAAAAUGUCUGGAUCCAUGGUGGAAAAAUUGCUUGAAGAAUGAGUACUUUCGCGGUACCCGUUCCUUGCUUCACUCUUAAGCACUUCCAAAUCAGCUGUUGCACAAAUAGGAAAAAAUUGUCUUGAGGAGGAUGAGCAAAUCUUUUUGACACUUUUUAUGACUGUAAUCUAAAUAAUUAUAUGUGAAACCAAGCAUAGUCCACUAGCACUUUCAACGUUGGAGACAAGUGUUGUGUGCAGUCCAACGGUCAGCUCUCCAGCUACUGUGAAGCUAUAUAUGUAUAUAUCCCAAAAUACUUUUGCCAACCAAUAGCUUUCAUGACAUCAUGGGCAGUGUUAUAUCUAGGUGGAUAUCUCUAUCCUCUGCUAAUCUAUUUUACACACUAAUGAAAACUUGAAAAAUGUAACAGUGAAGAGUAUUAUUCUACCCUUAAUUUCUAAACAGGAUUAGGCAGCAAAUAGUCAUACAGCUGUUAUCGGAGUCAAGCUCCCAUGAUGCUUUGGAGGCUGUUGGCUAUCCCUCUUCUGCAAAGUUAUUGUAAUCACAAUGCAGCAUAGUAGAGUCUUCCAUUGUCAGAAAUGUUAAAUGUAGCGGCUGUCUAAUGUGACACUAAAUCUGCUUGAGUAAGGUUGUUUGCUUUAUCUCCUUGUAAAUUCUUUUUACUGCCAAAUGUGUUUGAGCCCAUGUGUAGGAGGCUUGCCUGGUAUUUGCCAGUGUUAAUGUUUUAUGAGCUGUCUGUAUGCCAUGUAUGCAUAAUGUGACAUUUGAACACAUUCUGUGGAUACUAUUGGUGUUUGGAUUAACAGAUUGUGGGGUUUCUGUUAUAAUAUUGUACCACUUAGGCUGAAAUAGCAGACUUGGAAUAUUUAAACAGUGAGUUGGGAAGUAGGUUUUUUUGCCCUCCUCGCUCCUUCAACAUUGCUGUUUUUGCUCUACAUUUCUGCUACCCAAUUAAUGUCCAUUCACUGCUUCGUGAACCAACCACUCAAAGUGAGAGGUGGAAGUAUAUGCAAUGCAUCUCCCCUUCCAGAUUAAAUUUAAAUUGAGUGACUGUUGUACUGAAUAUGGAAACAUUGUAGGCAGCAUAUUUGAGAAUGUCAUGCAGAACUCUGUAUACAGCUUCUUCAUGCCGCAUUAAUGCUUUUUUUUAAUCUACCCCCGUGCUGUCCAUGAAUUGUGGAGUUUGCAAUCUGAAGCUUACAGCAGUAAUAAUGUGCCUUUUUUACUCCUUUUGUUUCAAAUAAUUACUAAUUCAGUGUUUUUAUAUAGCAGAAUUUCAUUUUGUAGCUUUUAUUUUUUUUGCGAAUUCAGCAUUUUGCUUUACAUCCCCCGAAUGAGUAUUUCAUGAAGAUUAAAAUCUCUUUUAAUAUUUCAUAAAAUUAAAAUUUCACUGAAAUUCCAACUCAGUCAAAAGAUAUCUGAAAGAAAUAGGGACUACUUUGACUUCUGUAUCCCAUGCCUGACAAAACUUGACAAAAUGCAGAGCGUUCGCUGUCUUUUUUUUUUUUUUUUUUCUUAUACUUCUAGUUGUGAGGGAAAAAGGCAUUGUCUAUGAAGGUGGAUGCUCCAUAGGCAACACUAUUGUACUAACACGUGCAUGAGAGUACAGCAUUGACGUGGGCUCCUGGUAGAUGAAGUACCAGGAGCCGGUGAGAACCAUCUGGAUGCCACAAGGGACCACUUCAGGUAAGUAAAAUGUACCUUCCCCUGCACCCCUACGUCACUGCCCUGCAAGCGGCAAAGUCACCACCAGUGGUCUUUGCAUAAGUUGACAGAGCCACUUUAACCCCUUAAGGACACAUGACAUGUGUGACAUGUCAUGAUUCCCUUUUAUUCCAGAAGU